AUGCCUGAAUACGUCGUAGUUGUUUUAGGCGACCUUGGAAGAAGUCCGCGUAUGCAAAACCACGCGGUUUGUCUUUCCAAACUUCCAAAUGCGAGAGUUCACCUUGUAGGAUACAAUGAAUCACCAUUAUUUAAAGAAUUACAAGAAUCAAAAAACGUCGUAAUUCAUCCUAUCAAGCCAUUUUGGAAUCUUCCACGUAUAUUAUUCCCAAUAUAUGCACCCCUUAAGAUUUUAUGGCUUUUCUUCCAACUAUUUCUUUUAAUUUUUACAUUGCCUCGCUUCGAACUCGUUCUUGCACAAAAUCCACCAACAAUUCCAACUCUUCCAUUCUGCUGGCUUCUUCGUGUUAUCAAAGGAAAGCGCUUUGUCAUUGAUUGGCAUAAUCUUGGCUGGUCAAUUCUUCAAUGCAACAAAUCCAGAGGCUGGAAGGUACUUAAAUUCCUUGAAUAUAUCACUGGAAGAUGGUCUGAUGGCAAUAUUACUGUUACAAACGCAUUACAAGCACAUCUUCGAGAACAUAAAAUCGAAUCUGCUGUUGUUUACGACAAACCAUCCAAUUUAUUCAAGCCAACACGCGAAUUACGUUCCAAAUACGCUAAGCAACUUAAUCUUGAAGAAAAUUCAAUUUGGAUUAUGUCAUCAACAUCAUGGACACCAGAUGAAGACAUAGACAUGAUCAACAGAACAGCAGAAAUCCUUGAUAAAGAACUUGGAGAAAAGAAGAAGAACAUCACAUUCAUCAUUUCCGGAAAAGGACCAAAUCAACGCGCAUUUAUCCAAGAAGUCAAAGGCCGCAACUACAUGAACAUCGAUUUCUGCUAUCCAUUCCUCCCAUACGAGCAGUACGCAGAACUCUUAGGAUCCUGUGAUGCUGGUGUUUCUCUCCACAAAUCCUCAUCUGGUUUCGAUCUCCCGAUGAAGGGACUCGACAUGAUUGGCGCUGGUCUUCCUCUCCUCUCUGUCAGAUACAGCUGCAUUGAUGAGCUCGUUCAUGAAGGUGUUGACGGACUUCUUUUCAACGAUGAACAGGAACUCGCAAAUAUUAUCAGAUCCUGCUUCAUCGAGAAAACAAUCGACAUCGAGAAGAUCCGUAAAGGAAGUAUCGAAGCCGGCGCUGAAAAAUGGGCUGGAUUAUGGGAAAGAGCCGCUAAGCCAGUUUUGAUUGUCUAA